UCCACAAUCCUCGAAAACCUCACGGUCGACCGCGCACACCCCCACUCCGUCAAUGAAUCUCUUCCCAAUCUUUAUCAUCUAUUUUCUUCUCUUCUUCUCUUCUCCCUCCUAUGCUUCCGUGCUAGACUUCUGCGUUGCAGACCCCACUCUCCCCGAUGGACCUGCAGGCUACUCAUGCAAGAAACCGGCAACAGUCACCGUAAAUGACUUUGUGUUUUCUGGCCUAGGAGUUGCCGGAAACACCUCAAACUUAAUCAAAGCUGCAGUGACUCCGGCAUUUGCUCCUCAGUUUCCUGGUGUGAACGGUCUCGGCGUUUCCAUUGCUCGCCUUGACCUAGCAGUUGGCGGGGUUGUGCCAAUGCACACACACCCUGGAGGUUCAGAAGUCUUACUUGUUGUGCAAGGCUCAAUUUGUGCUGGGUUCAUCUCUUCAGCUAACACAGUUUACUUCAAAUCACUUAAUAAAGGGGAUAUUAUGGUUUUCCCGCAAGGCUUGUUGCAUUUCCAGGUGAAUGCAGGUGGGUUUCCGGCCCUUGCUUUUGCUAGCUUCAGCAGUCCGACCCCUGGUCUCCAAAUCCUUGACUACGCUUUGUUUGGGAACAAUUUGCCUUCUAUGUUGAUAGAGAAAGUCACCUUCCUUGAUGAUGCUCAGGUUAAGAAGCUCAAGGGUGUUCUUGGUGGCACGGGAUAAGGAUUAAGCUAGAGAUUUAUUGUCAAUAAUUUCUGUCUUCCCCUAUUUUGGCUUCUCAGUUUCUUCUUAGCUAGUGAUUGAGCCAAGUGAGUCUGCAAGAACAUACGCAUCCACUUAAUUAGUCAGUUUCAUUCAGUUUCAUGGUUCACUAAUAAUAGAGUCCAGUCGGUUUUGCUUUCUGCA